CGGCGACGCGGCUAAGCGAGGAGGGGUCCAGUCCACGCGAUUCGCGUGUCAGUGCAGUCAGCUGGCGGCGCACACGGCUUCGCUAUGCACCGGCUCGUCUACUACCGCCACCUCGAGCUGAUCAGCGCUGCAGGGCAUGCCGCCGUGGAGGAGCCUGACGACCCGGCCGUGGUGCCGCCCACGCCAUCGCCUCCGCCCCCGGCCACAGCCGCUCCCAACACCGCCCCCGCCGCCUCGACUGGUGCCUCCGUGUCCGCCUCCGCGGCGGCGCGCGCGCGACUUAACGGCCACGCUGGAGAGGACGACGAAGCCAACCGGCUAUGCGUGAGCCUAGAGGAGCGCCUGCGGCUGUCGCCGUCCCCCGAGGCGAGCCGCUCUCCGUCGCCGGUGCACCAGGCCGGCCCCGUCCCUGGCUCUGGCGCUGCUCCUGCUGCCGCUGCAGCUCCCGGUGGCGGCGGCGGCGGCUCUGGUGGUGGCGAGCCGCGGCCCAUCUACCCCAACUUCCCGUUCAGCCCCUACGGCAGUCCACGGGCAGCCAGAAGGCGCGCCCCACUCAAGGAGUCCCGGCGCGUCUCCAUCGACAAGAGCGGCCGCUACCUGCAGCUCAACCAGUACCGCCUCAUGGACUCCAUAGGACAGGGAUCGUAUGGCAUCGUGAAGCUGGCCUACAACCAGGAAGACGAUACGCACUAUGCAAUGAAGAUCCUAUCCAAGAAGAAGCUGCUAAAGAAAGCUGGCAUGUUUGGUCGUGUGGCGCCGCAGCGGAAGUCGUCUACGGGGAAGCUGGUGAAUCCUGCGGAGCGAGACCCGCUGCAGAGGGUCUACCGGGAGAUCGCCAUCCUCAAGAAGCUCGACCAUCCCAACGUCGUGAAGCUGGUCGAGGUGCUCGACGACCCCAUGGAGGACCACCUCUACCUCGUGUUCGAGUUGCUGGAGCGCGGAGAGGUGCUGCCUGUGCCCACGGAGAACCCACUGAGCGAGGCGGAGGCGUGGCGCUGCUUCCGGGACGUCGUGCUCGGCGUGGAAUACCUGCACUACCAGCGCAUCGUGCACCGCGACAUCAAGCCGUCCAACCUGCUGCUGGGCGAGGACGGCCGCGUGCAGAUCGGCGACUUGGGCGUCUGCAACGAGUUCGACGGCGCCGACGCGUCGCUCAGCAGCACUGCUGGCACGCCAGCCUUCAUGGCGCCAGAGGCCAUCACUGGCGCCAGUUUCAGCGGCAAGGCGGUGGACAUCUGGUCGAUGGGUGUGACGCUGUAUGCGUUUGUGUUCGGCGACGUGCCUUGGCGGGACGACAAUGUGGUGGCACUCUACCGCAAGAUCCAGACGGAGCCCGUCCGCCUACCGCCCAGGCCGGCCAUAAGCCACGACCUGGCCGACCUCAUCCGCCGCAUGCUGCACAAGGACCCCGAGCAGCGCAUCACCCUGCCACAGAUCAAGGAGCACCCCUGGGUGACAGCACAUGGGAAGAGCCCCCUUCCAACUGAGGAGGAGAACUGUCAGCUGGUCGAGGUCACCGAGGAGGAUGUACUGCGUGUCGUGCAGUCCAUCCCCAGGCUCGACACACUCAUCCUUGUCAAGACUAUGCUCAAGAAGCACUCCUUCCAGAAUCCAUUUGGUCGUGGAGGUCUUCGGAGAGGAGGUGCUUCUGUGGGAGCUGCUGGUUCAGACAAAUCAGACAAAUUCCAGAGGUCAGGACGGUCACAUUCUGCACCAGGCUCCUAUGAUGUUGCAGCUGAAAGGAAACUUGUUUAUCAGGAAGCUCCUCUUCUGCCUUCACUUAAAGAGUCAGUGGUACCGCCAGAGACCACUCCCCCUUCAGUGCCCCAGAGUACACAUGAUGAGCAGAAGAGGUGAGGUCUGGGCUGAGGCAGCUGAUGCCAGCUGCCUGGCCCUUCCUGACCAUUUUCCUUGCAGCUGCUGACUAGCCAAGUCUUGGCUGUGAGGAAGACCUCACAAUGGUGUGGCACAUUUAAUCCUGGUAACCCCAUGGUGUUUUCAACAAGGAAUUGUCUUUUUUGACAUGUUAAUUGAUAUCUGUACUAAUAAAAUUAUUUUUCUGCACUUGUGAUACCCAUCAAGUAUUUUAUACAAUUGUCUCAUUUGCAACAAAACUUACAAUACAUAUAGUUGAUGGAACUAUAAUGUCAGCUGCCAGAUGAUGUAUUUCAUUCAGUACAAUACUGAUAGGCGAUCAGAACCAGAUUACGUUAUGAACCACUUUUGUCAUAUAUUUAGAUUCUGAUGUGGUGAAGUAUGUACCAUGCAAUAGACAGAUGUUUCCUAAGCUGCAACUUAACAGUGAAAUGUAUUUUGACUAUAUAGCUUUUUGCUGUCAAUAUUUGCUUCACAGAAAGAGUGUGUAGUCUAGAUCAUUUUCCCAACAAGUUGCAGAAUCAUAGGAGAACUGUAAACUGUGUGAAAUGGGCUGCUUCCAUCUUAAAUUUUGUGAGAAAGAAAUUAAUGUAAGUUAAAACUCUCAAGAAAGAGAGAGGUAAAGGGCUGCAGUGGUUGAAAAGGAGGCUCUUGAAAAGGACAUGGCUUAGAACUGACAUUAGAUAGAUCAUUUCAUUAAAAAUGAGCUGGUUCUUAAUAUAUGCACUGAUUCCCUAAAAAGAUGCAAAUUUAUUUCCUUUUUUCACCACAAAUUUCUCCUAUGUUACUGCCUGUCCAUUGUGUUUAUUAUUUGGUAUUCUAUAUCUCAGAAUGUUUUCAGCACAAAUUCUGAUGUUUGGACAUUUACAUACUUUUAUGGUGCAUCACGAUUCACCCUUAUAAGAGACAUCUUCAAGAUGUAACUUGUUCCUCUUUGGUAUUGGGAGAAGGGGAGAUGAUCUAUCUUCAUGGAAAUUUAACUACAGAAAUCCUUGUAGAAAAAUCUGGAGUUGAUUUCAAAAUGUUCUGCCAUGUGCUAAAAUUUGAUCUGAAUCCUUUUCAGUCAGAAUGGGUGUGCAGUGCCUUGCUGUAAUGAAUCUGAUGUCACAAUCACAAAUAAAAUAAUUGCCAUCAAAAAUAACAAGAGUUCAUUGACAUUUCAAAAUUACUAUAUGCAGACACUAUGCAAGCUACAAUGUUCUUAGUUGAGCCCAUGGGUGCUUGGAAAUUUUCUUACCAACUAUAGGUGAAGGCGAGUUGACAUUGUGAAGCACAGCUAAAGCUAUUGCUGGGUGGAAAUUGUACACUCGAGAAGAAAACAGAUGUCUUAAAUCUCAUGUAUAUUUUCUGUCAUGUUUACUUUUCUGUACAACAAAUGCUCAUUUCCACAAUAAA